AUGCUUGAACUAGCAGAUCGUCCUAAAGCAGAACUGACAAACGAUGAAUUAGAACAAUUGGAAGAGUUUGAAUUUAAACAUGGUCCCCUAUCACUCAUUAAUGACUCGGUAGUUUCCAAGACGCCCGUCAUUAUAUCGUUAAGGAACAAUCAUAAAAUUAUAGCCAGAGUAAAAGCAUUCGACAGACAUUGCAACAUGGUCCUUGAAAAUGUAAAGGAGCUCUGGACAGAGAAACGAGGGAAUAAGGCUGAGAACAAGGAGAGGUUCAUUAGUAAACUUUUCCUUAGAGGCGAUUCGGUCAUCGUGGUACUGAAGGCCCCAGUGCAAUGA